UGUUUAUUUCUGGCUUUGGAUUCUUUCACUUUUGCUUUCACUUCUAGAAAAUUCUAGUUAUCAGAUGACUGCAAAAGAAUAUAAUUGCUGUGGAAACGUUUAUAUAAUCAGUGCGGAACAACACUGAAAACCUGAUAAAUCAGGAAAUACAGACAUUCAGGUAUUGAGACGAAUCAUACUUGAUACGCUGUGAGCAAGAAGGAAGAAGGCGAACGCUAACAGCACUGCUCAAGGACGAAACACAAUAAGGAAAAAGAAGGAAACGACACUGGAAUGGGAGGCACAGUUUCAUCAACAGAACCUGACCCUCCACCCAGACAUGAAAAUCCAAUAUUACCCCAGGCAACAAUCAGGGUCAGGAAACCGCCACUGUCUAAGGAGCCAGACUACAGCAGAAUGUGUCCGAAGUGUUCAUCCAUCCUGAAGCCUGCAGUGGUUCCAGCUGGACAUAACAUUUCACUAUUGCAGUGUCCAUUGUGCUAUACCACACCACUUUGCAAGCACUGCCUGUACCCUUGUCCUGAUGGUACCUGUACCAACCAGUCGUGCCAGGUCGUCUCAUUGUUGCUCACCUGUGACCGAGUCACGGAUUACGAAAGCUCAGUGUACGGCUGCGCUCUUUUCAGAGCCUGUCCCAAAUGUCACACUCUAAUGAUGCACGAGAGCGGAUGCAAUUGGGUGACAUGUCCACAGUGCAGAUAUAGUUUCUGUUUUAUCUGCCUAAGAGGCACACAGGAGUUCAACUAUCACUCGUCUCGGACCUGCUCUGCACAAAAGGCACCUCGUCAGAGAUUCCAAACCUGACAAAUGCUUUCUCACAGCUGUGUAUCACAAUCUAUUAUAAAGAGACAAAUCAAAACUUUGUGACAGCUCAGCAUUUGAUUUCAAUUUUUUUCAUAAAAAUAAUAUGUCCCCUAACUUCCCAGUAUGAGGUAAUAAAUUUUACUGAAGGACACUUACAGUCUCUUUAAUUCCACUGUUGUGAUAUCUAAGCUCGCCUGGAAUGAGGGAAUUUCACAUUGGACAGAUGGAGAGGUUCAAGUCAGCAUCUUGUUGUCAAGCACUCCUUAUCUCAAAGUCAGAAUCACAAUUUCAUUCACACACACACAAAUAUCUUCUGUAAACUGCUCAUCAUGAUCGCAUUGGUCUGUCGCUUCACUUAGAUUCAAUCCAAUUCGUUUUUAAUUGUAUAGCUCUUUUAACAAUGGAUAUUAUCUCAAAGCAGCGAGAUAAAUCAGCUAUAAAAGAUUAUACGUUUAUUUCUAAUGUUCUUCCCCGAGAAGGUGUGAGGAAGAAACCUUGAGAGCGACCAGACUCAAAAGGGAACCCGUCCUCAUCUGGAUGGCACCGAAUGUCCAUUCACUACAGUUCUAUUAUUGUUGAGGUGUUCAGUGAUUAGAGAUUAAAUGCAACCUGGGGUCCUAAACCAUUAUAGUGGACUGUAUAUUUGUCACAUAUACAUUACAGCACAGUGAAAUUUGUUCUUUGCA